AUGACUUACUGUGGGACAAUAUGUGGGAACCUCUUGGUCAUGGUUCUGGUGUCCAAAAGCAAUAACCUCCACACCCCGAUGUACUUCUUCCUGACCCAGCUCACCGUAUCGGACAUCAUGGUGACCUCCGAUAUUGUUCCUAACAUGCUCCAUGGGAUUCUGAACAAUGGCUCCUCUAUGUCUCUUCCGAGAUGUUUCACACAGUUGUUUUUCUUCUCCUAUUCUGAAUGUGCGGAAUGUCUUCUCCUGACGGUGAUGUCCUAUGACCGAUAUCUGGCCAUAUGUAAACCCCUGUAUUAUCAUUCCAUAAUGACUUCUAUUCUUUGUCUGAAGUCUAUUACUAUAUCCUGGAUUAUCGGCUUUUUUGCUACAUUAACCACAAUAUCUUCUACAUCUCAGCUUCUGUUCUGUAGGUCAAAUGUCAUUGACCACUUUUUCUGUGACUUUAACCCUAUUUUAGAGCUUUCUUGUUCUGACACUUUUAGUGUUAAUCUGCUGGCUACAUCAGUGGCUUUUCCUUUUGUUGUUUUCCCAUUUAUAUUAAUUGUUGUCUCUUAUGCUUAUAUUAUCCAUACGAUCUUAAAGCUACAGUCCAUCAACCAAAGAGAAAAGGUCUUCUCCACCUGUGGGUCUCACUUGGUCGUGGUGUCGAUAUUCUAUGGAACCUUGUUUUCUAUUUAUUUAAACCCAAUAAAGGGAAAUUCCACAACUUCACAUAAACUUCUCUCCUUCAUGUAUUGUGUGGGGAUUCCCUCUAUAAACCCUGUAAUAUACUGCCUAAGGAACAAAGACAUUAAGAUAGCUUUAAGAAAAUGUAUUGCAUAG